AUGCAUUGUUUUUGUUUUUAUAUUUUUUUAAUGGUUAAUUUUUUAAUUAAUUUUUGUUUUUGGAGGAUGUCUGAUACUGGAAAUAAUGCUGAUAAAGGGGCCUUUAUUGUGCCCACAACUCUUGUUUUACAAUUUUUUAUUUUAAAGAAUGCCGAGUCUUCAUUUGCUUUGACAUCUGCUGCUUCAAAUGAAUUUAGCGGCGUUUUAAGCCCUUUGGAACCUUUGGAUCCAAACAAAUUCAGAAAUAUAAUGUUGGAUAAACCUGAAGUAUCUUCUAGCAGUGUUGCCAAUAAGACGUCUGCUCAACGUGUUUCUAUGGAAUCGUUGUCUAUGGAUAGCUCUACGAGCAAUGAAUUUCGAGAAAAAAGUGUUUCACUCGAUUCAGCAACCCCAAAAAGUUUUUACCAUCAAACAGCUCCUCCAACUCCUAUAACUCAUUCUCAUCAACACCAACCACCACAAUGUCAUUCACAGCCACCACAGAGUCCAGCUAUUCAACAAUUACAACAACGAAGUAUGUCUUUGCAGCAACAUCCACAUGUUCAACAACAACAGCAGAGUCAUUUACAUCAAUAUUUUCCGGCACAACCUCCAAUGCAACAAAUCCAGCAGCCUAUGCAAUCUCAACACCCCUCCCAAACUCUACUUCCUUUCUCCCCAAUCCACCAAGGUCAAUAUGGCAUUUCUCCACAGAUGAUUCAACAUCCAAAUAGUAUGAUGCAUGGGCAUCCACAUUGGAUACAUCAUCAACAGUUACAGCAACAACAACAAUUACAACAGCAACAAUUACAGCAGAUUCAUCAGCAACCUCCACCAUAUCAACAACAUAUUUCUUCACCAAAUCAACAACAACAAAUGUAUCAACAACACCAGCAUGCUUCUUUUAUUAAACAACAAGUAGUUCAUCAACAAAUACCCCAUCCACAACAACAUCAGCAACAAAAUGUAGCGGCUUUUAUGGGAACUGGUGAAGUUAGUGGCAGCAAUGUACUUCUUCCAAAUCAACAAAUUGGUGUCCCUUCACGUUUUUCACCUCAUCCACCUCCUCAACAACAGCAACACUUGACACCUUCUAACCAACAAAGGCAUCCAUCGGCCUCAAAUAUUUCACCUGAAUAUUUAAACUAUCAACAACAACAACUUAAACUUCCUCCACCUCGUUAUGGUCAAUCUCCACAAGUUGUCGCCAAUAAUUAUUCUCAAUACCCAGCGGGUUUUCAACAACAUCAACAAAGAGCAGCAACGUUUCAAUCUCCAACAGAGAACCUUAUUCAAUCGCAGCAACAAUCACAUCAAAAUUCUUCUUCAGAAAAAAUUAUGCGACCUACACAGAUUGUUGCACAUGGAGCACCAGGCGGCUUUUCAUCUCCCGAAUAUACUUCAAACUUUAAUUUAUCAAAUUGUGCAAAUGUUCCUGCUCAUAUGAUGUAUAAUCAACAAAUUUCUCACCAACAAUUACCUCCACAGAGACCACAACAAAUGUUACAGCAUGGAAUAAUUCAACAGCAACAACAAAUACCUUCACAAGCACUUGCUCAAUCUUUAGUUCAACAACAUGUUAUUGUAACACCUACUGGAAAUCCUGUAAAUCCAGAAAUUUGUUUAACUGGUUGUGUUUUUCUAUUAAUUGAUGAUUGUAACCCUCAACUUGUUGACAGUUAUCAACUUUCCAGUGUUAUCCGUUUUUAUGGAGGUGAUGUUGAAUCAAGCAAUCCACGUGGUAUUCCUGAGGAAUUUAUUGAUAAACAUCGAAAUCGUCGUUUUCAGCGCAAAGCUCAACGUAUAGUAACUUUACAUUGGUUAAACGAUACAAUAGGAAAAAGACUAGUUGAGCAGCCAUCAAAAGCUGCUCAUUUGCCAGGAUUUUGGAGUGUUUUAAAUCCAAAUCCAGAAAUUUCUUCAAAAAUAAUUUCUUUCCAUGGAUUUGACCAAAAUGAUUCCAAUGCGAUAAAAUAUAUGAUACGUUCAAUGGGUGCUUAUUGUGUACCGUUUAAUUCAAAAACUGAUUUUCUUGUUAUUAAUAAAAGUUCAUUAACUGACCAAAUAAUUGAAAAAUCUCAUUCAUUCAACACUCAACUUGUCAACUAUAAAUGGCUUUUCGAAUUAUAUUUUGGAAAUAUUAAUGUCCUUGUUCCAACAGAAGCUCAACGUUAUUUUCCUGAAGCUGAAACUUUAUUAACUUGUGUUACAAUUUCUCCCUAUUAUUUGGGAAAAAUGAGUGAAUUUUGUUCUAGAUUGAUGGCUCCUUGGAAUUUACAAAUUCCAGUUAAAGAUGAGAUUAUUAAUUCUGCUUAUUUAAUGAAAAGAACAAUUUUUCAAGAUGUCAGCGUUUUUCCUGAAAAGCUUUUUAGAUUAACCGAUAAUGCACCAAGUGAGGAACAAAUAUCAAAAGCAAUAGAUGUAAUUUCUGCUAGCAAUAAAGAACCUAUAAAUAUUUUUGUUUUAUUUGAUGGAUUCACAAGCGAACAAGUCGAUAAUAUGUCCAAAAAAGUUAGAUUUUUGGCAGCAAAAGUAGUUGAGUCGCCCAAUGAAUGUACUCAUUUUGUAACUAGUUCUCUUAGAAAAUGCGUCAAUUUGGUUACAUGUAUCGCUUUGGGGAAGCAUAUUGUUUCUCCUUAUUGGGUGGAAACAAGUUUCAAAUGUUUACAGUUUGUCGAUCCUCUCCCUUUCUUUGUCAAGGAUCGUGAAAAUGAAAGAAAAUAUUGUUUCAGUUUAAAAGUUUCUGUUCUUCGUGCAAGACAACGUAAAAUAUUUAAGAAUAUUAUUUUCCAUAUUGGUCAAGGAACUCAACCUUCCUUUGGAAUUCUUCGCCAACUUGUUGAAGCAGCUGAUGGGAGAGUUGUAGAAGAAAAACCAACAAAAAAAGAAUUGGUUGAAUAUAUGCAGAAUGACCAAACAUAUUUUAUUGUUUGUAAUCACAAUGAUCUAGUCUUUUAUCAAUACCUUAUCAAUUGCAAUUUUCCAAUUUUCAACGAGGAUUUCAUCAUAAUGUCAAUUUUACGUCACAAAAUUGAUCUCUCACCAGAUUUUCAUGCUUAUCAAAGUUUAUCAAUUCAAUCAUUAAAUAUUGGGAAGAAAUGAAAAAAGAUUUGAUGAUGAAAAGAGACGAGGAAAUGUCUUGAAAUGAUCGAGCAGAGCUCUUUUUUAAACUUGUGGAUGUUUGGAUGUUUAUGCAUGGUUUUUUUUUAUUCUCUUUUAAUUAGAAAAAUAGGGAUCCUACUAUAUAUCUAGAAUGGUAAAAGUUUUUUUCAUUCCUCCCAAAAUGGCAAAUAGAGGGGGAAAUAGUGGGGGAAUAGAGAAAAAGCUUACUUAAACCGAACUUCUACUGUAUAGGGUUCUUUAUUUUUUAGUCGGAUCUCGGUUUAAAUACAACCCUUUUUCCCUCUCUCCAAUUUUAAAAAUAUUCCCCCAACCCUCAUGUUUAAUAAUACCAACUUCUUUAUCUUCAUUG